AUGUCUAUCAAGUCUAGCGUAUACCCGAAGGCGCUGGUUGUCGCGCUGCUUGUAUCUUUAACUACGAGCGUGAUCAGCGCAGAAACAACACCUAAGGGCGUCGUGCGCAGCUCGGGCGCUUUACCUACGCUGAAUGCGGCUUAUACCCCGGUUUCGAUCGAGCAGUACUCAAGGUCAAGUGGAGCCAUAACAACAAAUGACGACACCAAGAUUUUUGGAGAGAGGAAAACCCCUUCAGGAACUGCUACUAUUCUAGAGCGACGUCUGCAAGGUAUCGGCGCAGAACUUCAAGAGGAGUUGUCGCGUUUGAAGCAAGACUUGUUGAAACCUGACUCGGUGAUAGCCAAUCUACUUGAUAGCUUUUUCUAUACCAAGUGGAAAGCCGUCAUUAGGGGAAAGCAUCCGGAAUCUUCAGAAGCAUUACAGUCCUUGUACUUGACCUUGUCACAUCAUUUCGGUGAUGAUGCUGCACUGGCCGAAGCUUUCGUUGCAGUCCAGUGGUGGAUAAAAGAAAAGAAAACCACAGACGAAGCUUUCACGCUUUUGAAGCUCGACCAAACAAAUGGCAACCCAUUUGCAAGUCCAAUCUUUUCGCAGUGGAAAGCUUUCAUCACUUCCAAAAAUUUAGAGAACCCGGAACCUGAAGAAGCGGCAACUCGCGAAAUGUUCGACUGCUUGUCAAGUCAUUACAAGGACGACGUUGUUCUGAUAAAGAUUCUUGAUGCAGAAUAUAAACUCGACAGUGCAUUGAGUGAUACUGCCAAGGAUCUGCUUGAUUUUCAGAUCCAGAAGUGGAAAAACGAUGGCAAAACGGAGGAAGAUGUUUUUACGCUAUUGAUGCUCGACCAAACAGAUGUUAAGCAACUACUUGCAAGCUCAGCCUUCGAUCAAUGGCUUAAAUUUGUCACAGAUAGCAGCCCAGAAGUCGAAAACAGAAAAAAAGCAGAAUAUGUAUCAAACGCUUUGAUGUGUCAUUUCGAUGACGAAGCUGCUGUGACCGAGGCUCUAGUGGCAGGGACAAAAAUCGACUCUACGCGUUCUCUUACUUCCAGUCUGCUAAAAAAACAAAUCGAAGAGUGGCGUAACAAAGGAAAAAAGCCGGAAGAUGUUUUCACGCUAUUGAAGCUCGACAGAAGAGCUGAUAACAACCCAUUUUUAAGUCCAGCCUUUUCCAUAUGGUUCGACUUCAUCAGUUUGAACAACCCAGAACCCAUGGAAGCGGCAAUUGGCGUGAUGAUUAAGACUAUGUCAAGCCAUUACAAGGACGAUGUCCUUGUCAAGGUUCUCGUUGUGCAGGAUUGGAAAGCAAUUCUAUUAUCGCUGACCAUCUGCUAG